CUGUUGAGGCUAAGCGUCCUGCCGGGGCCGCCGCGCAGCAGGAUGCCCGAGUACAAGUUCCCUCCCGCGUUCGCGUGGGGCACGGGGUCCUCCGCCUACCAGACCGAGGGCGGUUGGCAGUCUGGAGGUCGCGGGCUCUCCAUCUGGGACGCCUGGUCGCACACACCAGGUCGGGUCGCCGGCGGAGCCGUCGCGGACGCUGCGGCCGACCAUUUCGGCCGGUGGCGCGAUGACGUGCGGCUGUUGCACCGGAUGGGCGUGCCGUACUACCGGCUCUCCCUCUCCUGGGCCCGCAUCAUGCCCGCCGGCGUCGGCGCCGUCAACGAGGAUGGCAUCCGCUUUUACUCGGAGCUGAUUGACUCGCUGCUGAGGCACGGCAUCCGCCCGGUGGUGACGCUGUACCACUGGGACCUGCCGCUUCCGCUGCAGCUCGAGCACGAUGGCUGGCUCUCGCCCCGCACCGCCGCCGCCUUCGUCGCCUACGCCUCCCUCUGCUUUGAGCGGUUCGGAGGGCGCGUGCUGCACUGGCUCACGCUCCACGCGCCGGCGCAGCAUGCCGUCAACGGGUAUGCGCGAGGCGAGCACCCGCCAGGCCGCACGGUGGCGCCGACGCGCGAGCCAUACCUCGCCGCCCACAACAUGCUGCUCGCACACGCCCUCGCCGCUGCUCGGCUGCGCAAGAUGCAGGCGGCCCGACCGACCGACCAGCGCGCCCUCCUCUCGCUCGGAGUACACGCAGAUUGGAGGGAGGCUCUCUCAGGGUCGGAGGCGGACGCGGAUGCGGCGCAGCGCUCGAUGGCCUUCACCCUCGGCUGGAUGGCUGCUCCGCUCUACACGGGCGCGUACCCGCCGGCGAUGCGGGCGGCGCUGGGCGAUGCGCUGCCUUCGUUCACGGCCGAGCAGGCGGCGCUACUGCGCAACUCGAGCGACUUUUUCGCGCUGCAGCACUACUCGACGCUGAUGGUCUCUCGCCCGAACGCAACCUUCCCGCCGCUGCCCGAGACCUCCUUUUACGCGGCGGAGGGCGUGCGGUGGCACAGCACGCGCGGUGCGCGCAAGAACAGCCUCGGGUGGGACAUUGCCCCGUUCGGGCUCUACAAGCUGCUCAAGCACAUUGACGAAACCUACCAGCCGCGCGGCGGCAUCGUCAUCACCGAGAGCGGGUUCCCGAGCCGCGGCGACGACGCGGCGCCGCACGAGGCCACGCGCGACACGGCGCGCGUCUGCUACCUCAAGCGGCAAUCCGCCCUGUUCCACCGCGCGAUGGGGGAGGGCGUGCCCGUGCGCGGCUACUUUGUCUGGUCGCUGCUCGACGCGGCGGAGUGGGAACACGGCUUCGGCACGCGCUUCGGCCUCGUACGCGUCGAG